UUCUUUGUUUCUACUCAAAAUGGGUAUUAGCCGCGAUAGUGCUCACAAGCGCCGCGCCACUGGUGGCAAACGCAAGUCGCUCCGUAAGAAGCGCAAGUUCGAAUUAGGUCGUCCAGCAGCCAAUACUAAGCUCGGCGCCAUUCGCGUCCACAAGGUGCGCACACGCGGUGGUAACUCCAAGUUGCGUUCUCUACGUCUGGAAAACGGUAACUUUGCAUGGGCGUCUGAGGGUAUUGCUCGCCGCACACGUAUUGCCGAUGUUGUUUACAAUGCAUCGAACAAUGAAUUGGUGCGUACCAAGACUUUGGUAAAGAACACCAUCGUUGUCAUUGAUGCAACACCAUUCCGUCAAUGGUAUGAAUCCCACUAUGUGCUGCCUUUGGGACGAAAACGUAAUCCCAAGCAUCAGAAAACUGAAGAUGAGAAUGACGUGCUGAACAAGAAGCGCAGUGAAAAAGUAAUGAAAAAGUACUUGGAACGUCAAAAGUUCGCUAAAGUCGAUCCUGCGCUUGAAGAUCAAUUCAUCUCUGGACGUAUCCUUGCCUGCGUAUCAUCCCGCCCAGGACAAUGCGGUCGUUGUGAUGGUUACAUUCUAGAGGGCAAAGAAUUGGAAUUCUACCUUAAGAAAAUUAAGUCAAAGAAAUAAACAUCCGUAAAAAAUCAAAUGCAUAGGGCUUGACUUUUUACAUAAACUAAAAAAAUUAAAAAACA